AUGGCGGAGCCCUUGAUAAUUGAGCUUUUCAAGGACCUAUAUACAAUUUUAGAUGCAGCAUCUUCCAAGUGUAAAGUACUUGAUGAGAAAUUCCCUUCAGAAUUUCUUGAAGCUAAGCCCACCAAAAUUUAUGAAUCUUAUGUUUCAUUCUUAAAGAGUAGAAGUGAUUCAGAUGGACAGUUGGAGAAUGAAGAAUCUUUAAGUCUGACAACAAUACGCGGGAGAUUUGAGGAUGAAGAAUACUCGCGGCACGCGGAUGGUAUUUAUAGAUUAUACCAUGAUAUUCGGUUAGUUAGCACUAUACUGAUUCAGUAUUAUUCCCCUGGAACAAGAAGUUAUCAAAUGGUUGACAAAUUCUAUAAGUUUGCCACUGAAUUGUUAUUAAGAGAAUGUUAUAAACGUGGGGUCACUUUUAGUAAUGGUGAACCUACUUUACAAUGUAAAGAUGAUACAGAAUUUUCCGCUGCUAUUGCUAAGAAUUUUAUUAAGAUUUCUUCAGCUUACGUUCUUCCCAUCGUGGAGUCAUACCAUAUUAAUACUAAAUAUGGAGACCUAUUUUCUUCAACUAUCUCUACUUCACAAUUAAACCAAAGGCCGCUAGAUCUUCCUAAUAGCAACUUUGAGGUAACAAAAGUAAUUCCACAGAUUGGUAACUAUUUGAGCAACAAGUUGGGCUUUGUUGCUGCUAAUACUAGUAAUAUUCCAGAUCCUACUGUUCCGCCCACUGAAAUGAUGACGAAGUUUUUGCAUCCAAACUGGUAUGCUCUCCCAACCACUCUUUGGCUAAAAUAUGGUGGUUAUGAGUCCUUUGCCCCUACAAUUACUGAAAACGGGUCUGUUAUCGACUCUUCACGUAUCGGAGAAAUUUGGUUAGAAAAGUUAGGCUACCAACAGCUUUGGAAGUUAAACAAACAGGAUAGCAAUGAGUCAAAAAACCACACGAAAGAUAUCCCAGAUCUCUCUGCCAACUCAACGCAGGACAGUGAGACGGUUGAAAAUCCAGUAUCAGCUCCAGUGGAAGACAUGGAACAUCUACCUAAAUCCCCAGAAGUAAACAACGAGAACUUAGAUACUACUCAAUCAACAAGAAUUCCGGGUAAGAUUAGUCUGGAGAAUAAUUAUAAAUGGAGGCCUGGUAACGUCAUAGACGAUGAUGAGCUGGAAGCCUUCCGCAACAAUACACAGCAAGAACUUAUUUCACAACUCCUAGUAAAACUUCAGAAUCUAAAGCGGAAAAGAAUACAAGUUGGCAAGGUUUCUAAGCCAACUGCCAAAGAAACCAACUUAUACUUUAAAAUUCAGCGGAUGCUAAAGGAGGUAAUAGUUGCAGGACAGGUGAAGAUGCUUCCGCAGAUGCACGUCAGAGAGUUUCCAGUAUUGCAAGCAGAUUAUGCUGGUAGUAUACCAGUUGUAAGAACAUAUCCUAACAGAAAGAAGAAGUACAAGAAAUAA